GGCUCAUAAGUAAUUGUUUCAGAAACUCAGCGAGGCUCUUCAUAAACAUCUCAUCUUUAUACAUAAAAAUCUCUUCAAAGAAAAGUAGAAACAAUAUACACUUUCCAUAUGAAGGCUCGUACGUGUUAGUUGCUCUGAAACUCAGCAACGCUCUUCAUAAUUUUUUUAUCUUUAUAUACAAGUUAGAGAGUUUGGAUAUGGAUUCAUCUAUAUCACAAAGCAGAUUCAUAGCUCCAAUAAUGGCUGGCUUGGUUCUUCCACAUGAGGAUGUAUCUCAAGUAAUUCACAUCAAUGGAGAUGAUCCACCUCAGGAAUUCUUCAUCAAAGAGAGUGCUUUUGGUGCUGUGGAUUCUUCUCCUCCACUGAUUCCAAUUCCAGUCAUUGACUUGAGUAUGCUUUCUUCAAAAAGUGAGCUGGAGAAACUAAGAUCAGCUCUCAGCACAUGGGGAUGCUUUCAGGCAAUUGGUCAUGGGAUUUCAAGCUCAUUCCUGGACAAGGUGCGUGAAGUAGGAAAAGAGUUCUUUUCACUUCCAAUGGAAGACAAGGAAAAGUGCUUUCGUGCAGCUUGUGAUGGUGAGGGGUUUGGUAGCGAUGUUAUGGUUUCCAAGGACCAAGUUCUUGACUGGUGCAAUCGUUUGUUUCUCAUGGUAUUCCCUGAAAACAAAAGAAAGGUCAAUUUUUGGCCAGAGAUUCCUAAAGAUUUUGGAGAGACUUUGAUUGAGUACACCAUGAAAGUAAGGUCUGUUAUGGAAAUUGUCUUUAAGGCCACAGCAAAGUCACUGAAUUUAGAAGAGGAUAUCUUCUUGAAACAUUUUGGAGAAAAAUCUGUGAUGCAAGCAAGAUUCAACUUUUACCCUCCUUGUCCAAGAACUGAUAAGGUUCUUGGCCUCAAACCUCACUCAGAUAAAUCAGGAGUAACUGUUCUUUUGCAAGACAAAGAAGUUGAAGGUCUUCAAGUUUUCAAAGACAAUCAAUGGUCUAGAGUUCCUACCAUACCUCAUGCUCUUAUUGUCAAUUUGGGUGAUCAAAUGGAGAUAAUGACUAAUGGAGUAAUGAAGAGCCCACUUCAUAGGGUGACAACAAAUGCAGAACAUAUGAGAGGAUCUGUAGCCAUGCUUAUUGAACCAGAUCCUGAAGAAGAGAUUGGACCAGUAGAGGGAUUGGUAGAUGAGGAAAGACCGAAGAAGUAUAAAACUGUUAAAAACUAUGGUCAUUUCAACUAUGUCUGUUUUCAGAAAGGGAUAGUGGCUAUCAAUGCAGUGCAACUGUAAUGUUCAGUUCCUUAAUUUAUAAUUGUCCUCCAUAACCUUAAUGUUAACUUCCAUUAAUGUUAGCUUAAAUAAAAACAUUAUGUUUGGUGGAGCUGCCUUUAAUAAAAGCAUUGUUGGACAUGAUAUUUGUUAGCAAUGUGUAAUUUAAUAGUAAUUUUUGUGAUGACAUUUUCAGUUUGAUAAACAUGUUUUUUAUUUCAUGUUUA